AUGAAAUUCUCAAACGUUUUAGUUUCCGGUGCUAUUUUAUCAUCUGCAGCUUCAGCUGCAAGUACAACAAAAUCGAUCCCAUCCUCAUGUACUAUCAAUUCAUCAAAAGCAACUGCAACUGCUCAAACGGAUUUAGACGCUUUCUCAGGUUGUGAAACUUUGGUUGGUGAUUUGACAAUCACUGGUGAUCUAGGUAACGCUGCUAUCGCCACUGUUAAGAAAAUUGAAGGUUCUUUAAAAGUUUUUAACGCUACAAACUUGAAUACUUUAGCUGCCGAUGCUUUAGAAGAAGUUACCGAUAGUUUGAUCUUACAACAAUUAACUAUUUUAUAUUCUGCUUCCUUCGGUUCAUUAUCCUCAGUCGAUUCUAUCCAAUUGGUUACUUUGCCGGCUCUUCAAACUUUCACCUCCACAUUGGAAAGUGCAAGCGAAAUUAUCAUUUCUGAUACUAGUUUGGAAUCCAUCGAAGGUUUCUCAAACUUACAAACUGUUAGUACUUUUAACAUUAACAAUAACAAAUAUUUAACUGAAAUCGAUUCAUCUUUGAAAAACAUCACAACUUCCUUAAUUUUAUCUUCAAAUAAUAAAGAAACUGAAGCUUCUUUUGAUGAUUUAACUUGGGCAAACAAUAUUACUAUCAGUGCUGUCGCUUCUUUAUCUUUCGAAAGUUUAAAGAAGGUUAAUGCUUCUUUCUCUGUUUUGAAUAACACCAUUGACUCUUUGGAUUUAUCUAAAUUAACUACUGUCGGUGGUUCUUUAUCAUUCGAAGAAAACAAUGACCUAACUUCUUUAGACUGCAAAAACUUAACUACUGUUGGUGGUGCUUUAGUUAUCGGUAACAACACUGAUUUAACAAACAUCGAUGGUUUCGCUAAUGUUACCACCAUCGCUGGUGCUUUAGAAGUUAUUGGUUCUUUCCACAACUUAGAUUUAUCUUCCUUAAAGUCUGUAAAAGGUGGUGCCGAUAUCGAAACGACUGCUACUAACUUCACAUGCUCUGCUAUCGACAAACUACAUUCUAAUGGUGUCAUCGAAGGUGAUUCUUACCAAUGUUCUGUUCCAGUUUCUUCUUCAAGUUCCAGUUCCAGUUCCAGUUCCACCUCUGCCUCAAGUAGUUCUACCCAUUCUUCCACAAUGAAAACUUCCACUACUUCUGGUGCUUCUAGUUCUUCUCGUUCUUUAACUUCUCACGGUGCUGCCGUUGGUUCUUUCGAAAAUGCUUCUUUCGUUAGCAUUUUCUAUGCCAUUGCCGCCGUUCUGGUAUCUUUACUUUAA